CCGCGCACACCGCACGGCCGCCACUCCGGCUGUCAGUGUGGCGAUGGGCGCGUCCGCGUCCCUCCCGCCGUCUUUCAGCCCAGGGAGCCCACCAGAGACCUGGAGAGCACGCGCAUCCCAGCCACAGAGCCGGGGACCCCGCGAGGGCCCAGUGUGGGAGUGCGUGGAGCGCUGAGUGCCCUCUGGUGGUGAAGUGGAAUCAACACCAUGUGUGACCUGAGAUGCCCACUCUCGAUCACGUGGUAGCCGCUGGCAGCAAGGGGCCAGCUGAAGAAUGUCUGGUGUUCAAAUAUGACUACUGAAAGAUCCUAACUGAAACGUCCCUCGCUUCUACUGGAAUCCCUCUUCGACCCUGGGUUUGGAGUCUGGCGGCAGCUCUGAGAUGGGGCCUCUGAAGGAAAAACUUCAGUUGUUUCUGCAUCUUUGCCAGGGAGUAGCCGCAACUGAGUAGGCGCCCGUGGAGGGGGCAUGUGGUGACAUGGAGCUGGAAAUCAACUGCUCUGAAUUCUGUGACAGUUUUCCUGACCAGGAGCUGGAUCGGAGACCCCUCCAUGAUCUUUGCAAGACAACCCUUAUUGACUCACAACACAGCGGUGCAGAUGUCUCUCCGCUGUCUCCCGCCCUCUUGGGGGUUGUUUGGACUUUUCUCAGCUGUGGAUUACUUCUGGUGCUUUUCUUUCUUACUUUCACAAUUCGCUGCAGGAAGAACAGGAUUGUGAAGAUGUCCAGCCCCAAUCUGAACAUUGUGACCUUACUGGGCAGCUGUCUGACUUACAGUAGUGCUUACCUUUUUGGGAUUCAAGAUGCUUCAGUGGGGAAUUCAAUGGAAGCGCUCGUUCAGAUGAGACUGUCCAUGCUAUGCAUUGGGACAUCCCUUGUGUUCGGCCCUAUUCUGGGGAAGAGCUGGCGACUCUACAAGGUCUUCACCCAGAGGGUCCCCGACAAGAGAGUGAUUAUCAAAGACCUGCAGUUGCUGGGGUUGGUGGCAGUCCUGGUGGUGGCUGAUGUCAUCCUGCUUGUCACGUGGGUGCUGACUGAUCCCAUCCAGUGCCUCCAGAUCCUUGGUGUGAGCAUGAAGGUGACAGGGAGAGAUGUGUCCUGCUCUUUGACCAACACACACACCUGUGCUUCGCGGUACUCCGAUGUCUGGAUUGCUCUGGUUUGGGGAUGCAAGGGGCUGCUGCUGCUGUAUGGUGCUUACCUGGCUGGCCUGACCAACCAUGUCAGCUCUCCUCCGGUGAACCAAUCCUUGACCAUCAUGGUCGGAGUCAACCUCCUGCUGCUCACUGCUGGCCUGAUUUUCGUGCUCACCAAAUACUUGCACUCCUGGCCCAAUCUAGUCUUUGGAUUCACAUCUGGAGGGAUCUUCGUUUGCACAACCACUGUGAACUGCUGUGUGUUCCUUCCCCAGCUGAAGCAAUGGAAGGCAUUUGAAGGAGAAAACCAAACAACCCAGCGCAUGGCCAAAUAUUUCAGCACGCCUAGCAAACCCUUCCACAGCCAGUUUGAUGAGGACCAGAACGGCCACCUGAGGGAUGAGAAGAGCUGCAUGGAGAGGCUUCUCACAGAAAAAAACGCAGUAAUCGAAAGCCUGCAAGAACAAGUCAACAACGCCAAGGCGAAGAUAGUAAAGCUGAUGUCUUCGGAGUGCUCCUACGACUCCCCGGAAUGGACUGUCCCACAUGCAGCCUCGGCCCAUGGGCUGGCAGUUCAGGGACCUUCAGAACACCCCACUGCCUCUGAGAAUGCUGUCGGUGCAGCUGCGGAGGACUCCCUGCAUGCCUCGGUGGCCUCCCGGUACCUGAAAAGCCCUGGGGCAUCUAAAAGGGACGAUAGUCCUUCCCGAGACCAAAAGGAUAACGUGACUUUGAAACAGUUCUGUGAUCAUUUGGACAGAGGUUGCAGCCCAAAGCCACAGGCUGAACAAAGUGAGGGUCCAGAAAGAGGUGAUCAGGGACCCAUGACACCCAGCCAGAGUUUCAUGCCUGAUGGAGUGGGGUGUAACCCCCAUAGGCCCAAGCAGAAUUCAGAGGAAGUCCCAGAGAGGCCACCUCGGGUCAGUUCAGUGGUCAGAGAGAAGCUUCAGGAAGUCCUACAAGAGCUGGACCUGGGCCCCGAGGCUCCCCUUUCCCCACUACCUUGUUCCCAACAGCUUUGGAAGAGCACCACUUCCCGCAGUCCCCAGAAGCUGUCCCCAUCUAAACUGGGUUUCAGCCCAUAUGUGGUGAGGAGGAGACGGGCAGCCCAGCGGGCUCGCUCCCAUAUCCCUGCUUCUGUGGCCCUCAAUAUGGGGCAACAGGCAAAUAGGGCGGUUUUUGAUGCGCAAAGCGGGCUGGUUGAGCAGAGCCGGGACAGCCCCAGGCUGGACCACCAAAAUGCGAGGUCCAAGGUACCACGGUCCUCUUCUGUAAAACUGUCACCACUCACAGAUCCUCCCCAAAGACGGAGUGCCCUAGAGGAUAGCAAGCGAUGCCAGCCCGAGCCUCAGGGGAAUGGAGGAUGCGAUGUGAGCGUUCCCUGCCAACCUUCCGCUUUUGCCCCACGCCCACCCUCUUCACCAGGUCUGCCCAGGCACCGUCAGUCUCGACUCCCAGCGUCCCCUGGAUAUCCUGCCUUGUCCUCUGGGUGCUACAACCUGGACAGUGAGUCCAGCAGCUCAGACGAAUUCUUUUGUCGCUGCCACCGGCCCUACUGUGAACUCUGCUUCCAGAGCUCUUCAGACUCUGGUGACAGCGACACCUCAGACAGUGACCUUGAGCAGGCUUCAGGACGAGCCUCCUGGGAAAAGCUGUGGUCCCGCUCCAAGCCUGUUGUGAACUUUAAAGAUGACUUGAAACCCACACUAGUGUGA